GCGCCAGGUCGUAGGACAUUUCACUCUGCUCACAUUGGACUUGAACGACAAGCAACGGCUACUGCCAGGACCAAUUCACCAUGGCUCCUCAAACCUCGUCCAUGACUGUACACUUCGACCAGUAUAACCCCAAUUCUGAGAAGGGCACCGACACCAGAUCUUCUCUCGCCUCGCUUGACUAUUCACCUCUUCCACGACUAACAUGGCGAUCCUUCUUGAUGGGUGUCCUUGUCUCGAUGGGCGGCUUGAUAUUCGGGUACGACACCGGUCAGAUUUCUGGCUUUCUUGAGAUGCCCGAUUUCCUGGAUCGCUUUGGCCAGCGCAAGGCCGACGGUACACCAUAUUUCAGCAAUGUCAGGUCCGGCUUGAUCGUCGCCUUGUUGUCGAUUGGCACCUUAAUUGGCGCCUUGGUCGCUGCUCCAAUUGCUGACCGCAUUGGCCGUCGUUUGUCAAUUUCUUUCUGGUCUCUGGUCGUAGCAGUUGGUUUCAUCAUCCAAAUCGCUGCUUCUACGGCGUGGUAUCAGGUGAUGAUCGGCCGUCUUGUUGCCGGCUUCGGAGUCGGUGCUUUGAGCUUGCUUGUGCCAAUGUAUCAGGCCGAAACUGCUCCCCCGUGGAUUCGAGGAGCUUUGGUGUGUACUUACCAACUGUUCAUCACCCUGGGGAUCUUCUUGGCAGCAUGCUUCAACUACGGAACCUAUACCCACCAACGAUCCAGUUCUGCGUCGUGGCGCAUCGUCAUCGGUCUCGGCUGGAUCUGGACCAUUAUGCUCGGAGUCGGCAUCCUGCUCUUCCCGGAGACGCCACGGUUUGACUAUCGACACGGACGAGUUGAACAAGCAAAACAGACUUUGAUGAAGGUCUAUGGCGCGCCUGCUCACCACUACAGUAUCCACGUGCAGAUGGAAGAGAUCGGGAACAAGCUCCGGGCAGAAGUCCAAACCAAGGGCAAUCCUAUCUCGGAGUUCGUGGUCAUGUGCAGAGCACCACGUAUGGGCUACCGCAUAUGGCUCGGAAUCAUGUUGCAAAUGUUCCAGCAGCUGACCGGCGCCAAUUACUUCUUCUACUACGGCACCACCAUUUUCCAGUCUGUGCAAAUCAGUUCCUUCGUCACGCAGAUGAUCUUGAACGGCAUCAACUUCGGCGUUACCUUCAUUGGUCUGUACCUGGUCGAGCAUUACGGUCGCAGAAAGUCUCUCGUCGCGGGAUCCAUCUGGAUGUUCGUGUGCUUCAUGAUCUUUGCCUCGGUUGGCCACUUUGUUCUGGACCUUAAUGACCCAUCCCGGACCCCUUCGGCGGGAGUGGCUCUGAUUGUCUUCGCAUGUCUUUUCAUCCUCGGCUAUGCAACGUAAGUGUUCUCCUUUUCAGAAGAUAGUGCUGCCCUAGCGCAAGGAUUACGUUCUGCUACUGUCUUUACUGGUACAUUUGGCUAAUAAUCUACAGGACUUGGGGUCCGAUGGUGUGGACGAUCCAAGCCGAAAUUUAUCCCUCAAAGUAUCGAGCCAAGGCCAUGUCAAUUGCCACGGCCAGCAACUGGACCUGGAACUUCCUCAUCGCCUUCUUUACGCCUUUCAUCACUGGGGCCAUCGACUUCAGAUAUGGCUACGUCUUCGCCGCUUGCAACGUAACAGCAGGUCUUCUUGUGUACUUCUUUGUAGUGGAAGGACAAGGUCGGACGUUGGAGGAGAUUGACACCAUGUAUAUUGAACACGUUAACCCGAGAAAGAGUGCCAAAUGGGUUCCACCGUCGGCUGCCGAGAUGGCCAGGAUCCAGAGAGAGGCAGGCACUGGAGAUGUACCCGCGACAGAAAGAGGGGUUUACAGUGGUGAGACAGAGCGCAACGAUCUCGCAGGAGACAACAACAAGCAUGUCCAGCAGGACGAGUAUGCUAGACACAACGUUUGAAGAAAUGUAGUUGUAAGAGUAUGUUAUUGAAUACAUGAGAAGUAUAUCCCUAUACUCAGAAGGAAAAGCU